GAUGCUUCAUCGCCCCCAUAACGCGCCCACGUAGACAAUCCCCGCACCGUAACUGGAAUCGAUACAAUUGCAACAGGCUGCCGUCGCUCUUUACAAUCGAACUCACGCCUUUCUAGAUGCUGUCGCAGAAAUCAACUGCGAUACACAUCCAUCCGGCCCUUUUUACAUCCGGACUACUCCUGUUCUGCCGAUCCGUCUGACGCAACAUCGACCGCAAACAGAGCGCCCCAACCAAGAGUCGCCAAACUCUUACAUGUCCCUUGGAUCCCUAUCCAGUCUCACUCUACCCACAACCAGCAGCAUUUGCUGCUUCAUAUCGCCGCCAUGCCUUUCCGACCCCAACAUUCGUUAGUCAUGAUUGACGUCGACAAAAUGCAUACCAUCGACACCCGCUCAGUAGAGGACCUCUUUGGAAUGUGGUCAGUUUUUAACAAGAUCUCAGACGCAAUGGAGGACGGCAAGCGCCUAGAGAAUCUCAGCUGGCGUCUUUGGAAUCGCGAAACGUUUGUGUGUUCCCGCAUGCCGCGUGCUCGGAAGAACAUUCCUCUGCCCGCCCUGUCGAGUAGCGUGUCGUCGUCGGACGAGUCGGACGAAGAAGACGUGUCGUCAUUGCUGCCUUCUCCCAUGGUGAGACCCGAGUUGAGAAGGAGCGAAUCGUCUGAGCACCGCAACCGGGGACGCCAACAAAACCACAUCACGCCCAUCGACCUCGAGAAGAUGGUCAUCUCCAUCAAGGAAAAGAAGAGCCUCGAACCUCUGUCCGCGUUGUCCAUGCCUUCGCCUGCACUGCCCAGCCCGCCGCCUUCCGACGACCAUCAGACCCCUACCGCGACAAAACCAACCCCAUCUGCACCUGCACCCGCAUUACUACCCGAACGCACCGUCGCCACUCCCAUCCCUACCAUUGCCGCCCCCAGCCAUCUGGAACCCUCGACAUCGACCGUCAGCAGCACCGAUUCCCAGGCCAUUGCGUCGUCGUCUGAAAGUUCAUCCACCGAGAUGAGCACCCACAACAUUGUCAGAGGCUUCAGACCCGAAGUGCCAUCAUCAUACCGCUCACAAACAAAUCUCGCCGCGACGCAGCCGACGCCCAUCCUCAAAACUUCGCCUCAAUACCAUCCGAGCCGUCUCAACCGCCCGAAAAAGGGCGCGACCUUCACUCUCGGUGCCUCCUCCGGCGAAGAAGAAAGCUCUCUUGAUAGCCACAUGGGACACAACAGCGUAGGCUCGUUAUCUACCGGACUGCCGCACCCGCCCAAGAAACAUGCUUCUUUCAGGGAUAUCAUCCAAGACAGAGCCAUCACUGACAGCCCUGUGUUCGAAGAGUCGGAUGAUGAGGACGACGAUGAUGCAUUCGAAAGUGUCAUCGAAGAGGACGAAGACUCUUCUGACUGGGAAGACGACGAAGUUGGUGAGAGCGGCAACUCGUCGGCCGACGAAAACAAGAGCAUGUUCCGCCGUGUCGACUCACAACCCAACUUGACGUCCCGCCGAUCUAUGCUCACCACCAUGAUGCACGAACCGGAUCGCGCUCGCGCCAUGGCAAACGCUGCCUCUCGUUCAACUCCCGCGCUCCGUCGUUCGCGUGCUGCUUCUCCAAAUGGUCCCUCUGCCACCCCAUCACCUCACAGACGUGAUGUCGAGCGCGCUGGUCCCGAUUUCACUUCGCACCCCUCGCAACUCUCCCAACAAGCGCAGGAUGUCUCUGAAGCCUCUCAACCGCGGCCUAUCAUCAUGACGACCUCAAACACACACCAACCAGCACUCUCGCCAAGAACCACAAGGCGCAAUAUGCUCUCCACCGAGUUAACAGAGUCGCUGCGUAAAAACCUUCUCUGGGAACGCCAGCACAAAAGCUCGAACAACCUGGCCGCCAUGAAACGCAGGCAUACUUCUCACGACAUUAAGAAUCUCAAACAACAUCCCGAACCCCAAAUGGUCAUGUCGGUCAAGGAGAAUGAUAAGAAGAAAUUCUCCAACGAAUACUUUAACCAGGGACUCCAGGAAUACCACGCUAAAGGCUGGUAAAACUACCACCUUCUGUUCAUGCUCACUUCAUCCGAUUUUGCUACUGCAUUUUAGCGACACGCAUUGUUUUCUUCUCUCCUUUUUUUCUGCAUCAGCGAGCAGGCAUCGCGUCGGUGUUUUGAUAUUAUUUUUUCAUGGGACUACGGCAUCAUUCUCUGGCCACUGGCAACAGAAAAGAAUUGUUUUUCGAUACCAACGUGCGGUUUACUCUAUUUGUCUUUUACUUGCUUUACGAUGCUCGAUCUUCAGUCUCUCAUGUCCACAGCGCCUGCAUUGCUCUCGGCCCGAAUGAUGUCGGAGGAUGUUGCAGGCGUUAACCAAAUGAGUGCUGAAUACCAAUCAUUACUGUACGAUAUAUACAUAUGUUCCCCCUUCUUGAAGGAAGGGCCGAUGGGCCGAUGAAAUCCAAAAACACGAUAGAAAUGCAAACAACAUCCCGU